AUGGAUGACGAGACGGGUUGCCUUGAUGAUGAUGGCCUUACUGGUGAUGUUGUUCAGAAUCUGCAUGAAUAUUUCCGGGUCAUAUAUAAAAAGGUCACUGAAGCUGAUAUUGAAGAGUUUGAAGCAAACUACAGGGGAUCUGAUUCCGAGAAGAAAGAUUUGAUUGAUCUGUAUAGCCAGUGCAAGGGGAAUAUGAACAGACUAUUCUGUUCGAUGAUAUGUUCUGAUCCUAAACUCGAUUCACACCGCUUCAAGGAUAUUCUUGAUGAGGCAAUAGCUGCUGGAGAACUGAAAUCAACCAAAGCCUACAUGAAAUGGGCAAAGAAGGUAUCUGAAACAAAACCUCCUACCAGCCCUUUAAGGAGAAAGACCAAGGCAAAGAAACAGACAGAAGAUCUGUAUGCAAUCAUAUCUCAGCGCCGCAGUGAGAGGAAAAACCAGUUUGAUUCGAUGUUUUCUUCUCUAGUUUCCAGAUACGGGGGGAACACUGCUUCUUCAGAACCCACGGAAGAAGAAUUUGAGGCUACACAGAAAAAACUUGAAAGAAAAAGGUCCUCCACGAAAUCUAAGCGCAAGUAAUUCGAGCUGCUAGAGCGAGAACUUUACCCUAUCAGACCGAUGUGCACGUUGCAAACACUAGCGCCUUUUGUUUAACUGUUUUAAACGUACCUGCAAAAUUGUAUUCGAGCUCUGUUCAUGGAUUUAAGUGUGUUUGCCUGACCUAAUGUGCUCGUGAUCAGUUAAUCGAUCCUUUUCUUUUUGGAAAA